CAACAUUUAAUCGACAAUAAGCUGUUUCUCGGCUUAUUAAUGCAACAAUAUUCCUCGUGUUCUCAGUAAACCUUCGGGGUUGACUGUUUGCCUUCCAAACGCCUUGUAAAAAAAAAACGGAAGCGGUAUAAAAUAGAGAAAUAUACCGGCUGUGCCAGAAAACUGUAGCUGGCUGGUAGUUAGCUGUUAGCUUCGAGAGUACAGCAAGUAACGCGGCUGACUCGGCAACCAUUACUGUAGGCAACCAUUGCUGCAGGCAACCAUUGCUGGAGAAGCGGCUCCAGACUGUCGGCUGUCGAGCUACCUGUGUCAAGUCAGUUGUCAUAAUAGGAGGUCAAGUGUGACGUGGUCUAUGAGGAAGCCACGUCGAAAAAGCCAGGUGGCCACAGGGGAUGGAGCUGAUGUCAGGAAGUCCAAUGGGACGGCCGGCGGGCGUAGAGGUGCCCGCCAUCGAUCCCUAUCCCCUUACAGCCUCAAAGCGUCUCCAAGCAGAGAAACCCUGUCUUACUCCCAGGCCCAGAAGGUGGUCGAGGUGGAACUGGAUGGUAGGCUUCAUCGCAUUUCUAUUCUGGAACCCUUGGCGGUCAUUACUGAGGAUGAGAUGAUGGCUCAGGACAUUAUUGAGUGUAACAGCAACAAGGAGAACAGUGAGCAGACAUCACCUCCCACCAGCAGCACCAAAACGGUUCGCAAACCCAUCACACCCCGGGGCCGCAGGAAAGACUCUAAAUGCCCCUCUGUCAAGUCGCCACCGCCUUCCAAGAACCACUGCCCCAAUUCUCACCCACCAUCCCCUGAAAAGUUUAACGAAUCACACCAUCAGCACAUGACCCUACCUGAACCUAAGUUCCACGUGUUGGAGACCUUCACGCCGGUCGAGGCGCCUCCUCUGCCCACGGCGUAUUACCGUUACAUUGAGCGGUUAGCCGAGGAGCAGGAAGAUGAGGCUGAAUACGACAUGGAUGACGAGGACACCGCCUGGCUGGAGAUGGUCAAUGCCGGCCGGACGACAGAGGGUUACUCGGCGGUCACGCCAGACUACUUUGAGCUGCUGGUCGACCGGAUGGAGGAGGAGGCGUACCGGGAAGCCCGCAGCCGGGCGCCCUCUCAGAGCGCUAUUGACGACGAUGCCUUCUGCUGCGUGUGCCUGGAUGACGAGUGCCUCAACAGCAAUGUCAUCCUCUUCUGCGACUCCUGCAACCUGGCCGUCCAUCAGGAGUGUUACGGGGUCCCCUACAUCCCCGAGGGCCAGUGGCUGUGCCGCUGCUGCCUUCAGUCCCCUCAGAAGCCAGUCGACUGUGUCCUAUGUCCGAACCGCGGCGGCGCUUUCAAACAAACGAGCGACGGCCUCUGGGCACAUGUGGUCUGUGCCAUCUGGAUCCCGGAGGUCUGCUUCGCCAACACAGUGUUUCUGGAACCAGUGGAAGGGGUCACGAACAUCCCGCCGGCACGCUGGAAACUGACUUGCUACCUGUGCAAGCAGAAGGGCCGCGGCGCAUCGAUCCAGUGCCACAAGGCCAACUGUUACACCGCGUUCCACGUCACGUGUGCUCAGCGCGCCGGCCUGUUCAUGAAGAUCGAUCCCGUGCGAGAGACGACCGUCAACGGGACGACGUUCUCUGUUAAAAAGACGGCGUUCUGCGAGGCCCAUUCGCCACCGGGACAAGAGGCCGUUUCAGAUGACGGUGAAGGGCGAGUGGUGGGCAGCAGAGGGAGGGCGAGCAGAGGGCGGAGCGCCUACACAGAGGGCCCGAGAACACCGAAAAAAGGCCGGAAGUCUGAAGACGAUGCCAAGUCGGAUAAAAAGAAAGGGAAGAAGGGCUCCGAGUCGACAGAACAACACACCGCUUCACCACAAGUGACAGUGCCUCAGAUACCCACAAGCAGGCUGAACAUCAUCUGCAAAGGAAUCCUCUUUCAGAGAAAAAAACCGUUCAUACAUCGGCUGCAUAAUUACUGGUUACUGAAGCGUCAGUCGAGGAACGGCGUGCCGCUGGUCCGGCAUCUGCUCUCUAGCGUCCAUAUCCAAAGGACUACCGAACCGGUCUGGCCCGAGGUGGACGAGAAGGUUUCUGCCGCAAGAGAAGCGCUGAGAUAUUGGCAGAAGCUGCGGCAUGGUCUGGAGAAAGUGCGGCUUUUGGUGGAGCUCAUCCGCAAGAGGGAGAAACUCAAACGAGAGCAGGUCAAAGUUCACCAGGAGGUUCUGGAGAUGAAGUUGACCCCAGUGUUGGUGCUGCUCCGCUCCACUCUGGACCAACUACAGGAGAAGGACACGGCCCAGAUCUUUGAAGAGCCGGUCGACAUCAAAGAGGUCCCCGACUACCUGGAGUUCAUCAGCCAGCCCAUGGACUUCUCCACGAUGCGCGCGAAGCUGGAGGGUCACGUCUACCACUCGGUGGCUGACCUGGAGACCGACUUCAACCUGAUGGUGUCCAACUGCCUCCUCUACAACGACAAGGACACGGUCUUCCACCGGUUGGCGCUGCGUCUGAGAGACUUGGGGGGCGCCGUGCUGCGCCAUUCGCAACGCCAAGCCACCAACACCGGCCUGGACCUGAGCACUGGCAUGCACCUCUCGGAGUCGCCGCAGAAACGAGACUUUUACAGCUGCACCUGGGAGGACGUUGACAGUGUGCUGGAUCCAGACAACCGGCUCCACAUGACGGUGGAGGAGCAGCUGAAGGAGCUGUUGGAGAAGAUGGACUUUGUCUCCUCCAUGCGAUGCAGCGGCGCCCGGACCCGACGCAUCCGCCUGCUUCGCCGCGAGAUCAACAGCAUCCGCUACAGGCAGGGCCAGCACCACCGCUCCAGCCUCCACAACGGACACCUGAAUGACGACGACGACGAGGAGGAAGAGGAGGAAGAUGACGACAAAGGUGCCAAGGCCGACCGCGGCCUGUCGACCUCGGACAAAGAUGAACUCAAAUCCACUUCGCCCCCGACACUGGAGCUGACCGGGCCGGCCCCUCCUCCGCGACACGCCGACGCCCCCCUGGAACCUCCCACGCUGCGGCCAAUCACAGGGGCGCCCCGGUCCCCCAGCUGGGUCUGCAAGCGCCUGAAGAUGGACGGCGACCUCCCGGACCUCAGCGCGGAGAACAUGAAUUGCACUAAAGCACGGGAGCCGCCGCCGCCGCCCCCCAUUUUGCACAGCGAAGGACAGGCGGUGGCCAACGGCCUGUCGGAGCUCGGCCCCCCGCGGCCCACCCCCGGGGGAGUUGGACGACGGACCUCCGUAUUGUUCAAAAAGGCGAAGAAUGGAGCCAAGCUGUUCAGAGAGAGGGACAAACCUUUGCUGAGCGGAAAGGAGCAGCAGGACAACGGUUCCGGCGACGCCCCGACGGCACCCAGCUCCGCAGCCAGCACCCCGUCCUCGACACCUUUAUCCACUCCGUCUAAGACCCCGCAGAAAAGUCCCGGACCCCCCACCCUCAAUGAUCAGUGGACCCCCAGUCGAUACAUGUGCUCAGACAGUGAGCUGGACAAGAUGCCACAUCAUACACUGGAAAGUGGCCUGACCAACGGCUUCGACAAGCACAAAGACGGCGGGUCCGACUCCGGAUACAGCCCGUGUCCGGUCCUGCACAAAGAAAUGAGCUCGCCGCCCAAACGAAGCCUCGGGAAACCAGCUCUUUCCAAAGUUCCCUUUCUGGAGAUCGUCAAUGGAGACUCUGAUUAUGCUGGCAUCGGACGUCUAAUGUCUGUGGACGGGACGGCGCUGGAGGCCCUAGCGCUCGUGUGGGCCAAGUGUCGGGGAUAUCCCUCCUUCCCUGCUCUGAUCAUCGACCCGGAGAUGCCAGAGGAGGGCAUGCUGCACAACGGGGUCCCCAUCCCUGUCCCGCCCAAAGAGGUGCUCUGUCUGGGGGAGCAGAGGCAGGAGGAGGCCAAUGAGAGGCUCUACCUGGUGCUCUUCUUUGACAACAAGCGGACAUGGCAGUGGCUCCCACGGGACAAAGUGACCGCCUUGGGUGUCGACGACACGGCGGACAAGCUGCGCAUCAUGGAGGGUCGCAAGUCCAGCGUCCGCAAGUCUGUCCAGGUGGCGUACGACCGCGCCAUGAUCCACCAGAGCCGAGUCAGCCACAGCCACGGCUUUGUCGCCUCCAACUACCUGUAGAGGGCGCUGGCGAGCCCCCCCCCCCCCCCCCACUGUCAACUAUGCAUCUCUGUUUUGGUCUUAAAGCUGCAGGUGGUCCUACAGCCAGUGGAAUAAUAACUGAGUCCUGGACUGUAGUACCUUCCUAAACCACUAGUGUCUGAGCUCUCGAUAAAGUUACACGGUGCGGUCGGUGAGCAUUAAAUCCCACGUUCAGAGGGAUGUGUCGAGGUCCACGCUGACUGGAUGUGAACCGGUGUGUCUGGAUCAAAUGUUAACGCUACUGCCGCGGAAUCAAACUGUCCGAAAAGAGAUUCGACGUACGAAUGGAUCGCUGCCAUCUUUUAUACCAUAGCUUUUUUGCAUUUUAAUCUUUUACAAAGACUCUUGUAUAUUAUAACGGCACACUUUGUGUACAUAUGUUUAUUAUCAAAACCCAGUGUCAUUUAAUGUUGCCGUUUAAAAAAAAAUGCAUAUUUCAAUCAACCCUCAAGGGGCUAAGCGAGGCUGUGUAUAUUUGUGAAGAUGAAAUAAUUCCUGACUUGCUGCUGUGUACUUGACUUGUCUUUGAUGUCAUGUGUGUGUGCGUGCGUGCAUUCAGAACUUACAAUUCAAUGAGCCAAUUCUUUAUAUUUGAAUUCUCUUUUUGAUACAGAGAGAAAUAAUUUAUUUAUGGGAUACAGAACUAUAGAAAUAAAGUUAUAUUGGUGAAAGCCGGUGUUAUUUAAAUGACCUUUUAAAAAAAAAGAACUUGCAGAUGACAUAUUUAGCAGAUAAAGUUCACGUUUGGUUUGGUGGUAAUUUUUCCAACCGCCAUGGCUCACUGUUGACCCACAGAAUCUCCUAUUUAUUGUCAAGAGUCACAUUUUAUCAAAUGGAAAAAUACACCUUUUAUAAGCUUGUAAUACAUACAUAUUUUACCUGCUAACCAAAUAUUUUUGUCAAAACAAGUGUUUCCACAUUUUGGGAAAAAAUCAAUGCUCUAUUAAAAAUCUUUUGGGAUACUU